AUGAAUGUCUCAAUGUGGCCAUAUGCAUUCGAAGGACUCUAUCAACAUAAUCGAAGUGGAACGUUAGAUUCUUCAUCAGGUUAUGAGAGUGCAAAUAAUGAUACAAGUAUCGUUGAAACCUAUGCAGUAACUCAUGCUAGGAGUGAGCAUUAUCGUUGUACAAAACGUCGAAUGUUAUCAUGUACACAACGCGAAGAAGCAAAUCGACGCGAACGUCAUCGAAUGGAAAUUAUUAAUCAAGCUUAUGAAGAUUUACGAAAUGUACUUCCAAGCAAAAAAGGUCGAAAACGUCAAAAAAUGUCACGAAUGGAUACAGUCGAUGGGGCUAUUCAAUAUAUUCAUGCAUUGCUCGAAACACUUCAGGGUUCAAAUUAG